UGUGUCCGUCCUGUAGCAGCGGGUGAAGGUGAACCCUGCGGUCUCUCGCUCCCUGUCCGCCGCUGGAAGCUCUCUCUCCCCGUCUCCUCCUCCUCCUGCACCGGGAACGCCUGCCUCGUCCGGAGCCAUGUCCGUGUUCAGCGAUGUCCCGCAGGCUCCUCCGGUAGCUGUCUUCAAACUGACCGCUGAUUUCAGGGAGGACAGCCACCCGCAGAAGGUGAACCUGGGAGUCGGAGCUUACCGUACUGAUGACUGCCAGCCCUGGGUGCUGCCUGUGGUGAAGAAGGUGGAGCGGCUGAUCGUGGAGGACGACAGCCUGAACCACGAGUACCUGCCCAUCCUCGGACUGCCUGAAUUUCGCUCCGCCUCCUCCAAGGUCGCCCUGGGAGACGACAGCACCGCCAUCAAAGAGAACAGGGUGGGAGGGGUCCAGGCUCUGGGUGGGACAGGUGCGUUGAGGAUCGGAGCUGAGUUCCUGCGGCGUUGGUACAACGGCGUCAACAACACAGCCACACCGGUCUACGUCUCAGCACCCACAUGGGAGAACCACAACGCUGUGUUUGCUGAUGCUGGUUUCAAAGACGUCCGGCCUUACCACUACUGGGACGCUGCGAAGAGAGGUCUGGACCUGGACGGGCUCUUAGACGACCUGGAGAAAGCUCCAGAAUGCUCCAUCUUUGUUCUCCACGCCUGCGCACACAACCCCACCGGCACCGACCCGACCCAGGACGAGUGGAAGAAGAUCGCAGAGAUCAUGAAGAGGAGGAAUUUGUUCGUGUUCUUCGACUCGGCCUAUCAGGGUUUCGCCUCUGGCAGUCUGGAUAAAGACGCCUGGGCCAUCCGCUACUUUGUCUCUGAGGGCUUUGAGCUGUUUGUGGCUCAGUCCUUCUCCAAAAACUUUGGCCUUUACAAUGAGAGAGUUGGUAACCUCACCGUAGUCGCUCAGGAUAAUGACAACCUGACCCGCAUCCUGUCCCAGAUGGAGAAGAUCGUCAGGACGACUUGGUCCAACCCGCCGUCUCAGGGAGCUCGCAUCGUCAGCAAGACGCUCAACAGCCCCGAGCUCUUCGCUGAAUGGAAGGGGAAUGUGAAGACCAUGGCGGACCGUGUCCUUUUGAUGAGGGAUCAGCUGAAGUCCAAGCUGCAGGCUCUGGGCACCCCGGGGACCUGGGACCACAUCACCCAGCAAAUCGGCAUGUUCAGCUUCACCGGCCUGAACCCCAAGCAGGUGGAGUUCAUGAUCAAAGAGAAGCACGUCUACCUGAUGGCCAGCGGUCGCAUCAACAUGUGCGGCCUGACCUCCAAGAACAUCGACUACGUCGCUCAGUCCAUCCACGAGGCCGUCACCACAGUCCAGUAGGGGGCUCCUACUCUCCGCCCACUUGCUGCCUCCUGCACGCCACAGGAAGCACCGUCAUGUGUGUGUGCCCUCGUACACCCUUCCUCUUCUGCUUAUCCUGCCCUCUGAUUGGUUAAACUGCAGCAGUUUAACCAAUAGGAGGGUUUUUCUGUUUCUCACAUGAAGGUUAAAACUUUCUGGGAGGUGCAAUGAUUUUAGGGAGACACUUGAACGCACACACAGCCAGAUCUCACCGUCAGCAGAGCUCAAAGCGUCUUUGAUUCAACUCCAUGCUUUCAAAGGUUGACUGUUCAUGUGCUGCACCAAUCAUCUGUGGUCACUAAAGGUCAGCUCUGGCUGGUAAAACCAAAUUAUAGUGCUUCCUUAUCCAUUUAAAGAUGCAGUUAUCUGUAUUAUUGAACAAAUGCUGGUGAUGUAAAUAGAUGUAAUCACUGUAAAAGGUCCUUUAAUUUCCUUCAGAAGCACACAACUCCUUAAACUCUCAGCCCACAGCAAACCACCCCAGCCUAGUCUAGAUUUCUUUUUAUUCACAGUAAGACUGUAUAAAUAUAAUCAAGAAUUGGCACAGAUGUGUAUAGUUAAAGUUAAAGAAGGGCAUUCUGAGAUCAACGGUUAACGUCAUGUGACCAGGCAAACAUUUGAAAGUCAUGCGUGUGCCUGAUGUUGUAGGUCUUGCCUUGUCAGACCCGUACAGCUAAACGUUGACGAUCGUAGCGAUUGACUGUGCCAUUGAGAACAAAAUCACCUCCUUUUCUUUCCUUUAUCUCCGCUUUUAUUUUGUCUCCACCCUGCAGUGCCCUUAUUGUGUUACAGAACGCCUCUGUGUGUCGUAUCGAGCCGCUGCGAUCAGACCUCAGGGCUCUGACGCCCCUUUGUCACGUGACCAUUCUGUGGUGUUUGUGUAAGUGCACACAGCAGUAUGUGUGUUCAUAUACUGAAAUAAAUUAUAAACACCAGGUAACAAA